AUGGCUAGAACAGAGCAGACGAGGCCCGACCCUGAGUAUACGGGUCCCAAAUGGCGGCAACGUGAAUACCCUGAUCAUCAAGGUGACACCGUCAUUCUUGGAAAGAUUGCUUCCAGAGAUCGUGAAUAUCAUCAACCAGAAGGACGAGAUGCAUUUCGACUUCAAAUUUACAGCAAAACCCCCAUAAAAUCAGAGGACUAUCAAAAUUUGCACGACUACUUUUUCCAAGAACUGGUACAUGGAUGUUUCAUGGAAAUCUACUCCUACAAUCCACCCGACGCCCUCGCCUGCGUUGAACACCAACGGCGGGAGAUUGCCCACCGCAAGCGUCUCCAUGCUCAAACGGAAAAAUCUCCCGAAGUGCUGCCGCCAUUGAUUCCAAACCUUCGAGCAAGCACUCAAAAUGACUUUGGGUCGGGCUUCUGUAUUCUCCUUACAUCGGAAAGCUAUCAAGCUGGCUUUAGUGCAGAGGAGCGAAAUGAUCUUGGAACCGGGCCCCUAUGGAUCACUUUUAAUCGGAAAUUUCCUAGUGAAAUCCCGAAUUUGAAUAUGAUCACCCGGCUGGGUUCGUCGUUACUGAACUACGACCGUUUUCGAAAGGGUCAGAUUGAAGUGUCCCCUGAAACGAAUGAAACGAGUGUCAAACUCAUCAAUGACCAAGAAUACAUGGACGACACUGUAUCUGAUCUUCUGAAGGGGGUUUUCAUGAAUUUUGUCAACCUCGGCGACAUUGAUUAUGGGUUUGGUGAGGCUUUACCGGUGGAAACAAAGUUCGAUGCACAACAAACCAAGGAAAUUCUUGAGAGACAGGAAACAGACGAAAUCAAGGCCGUGGAUCAAAGUAAACUCCACCUUACAUGGCAUGAUGCCACAUUGACAAUAGCAAACAAAUCCUCGGACUGCGAUAUUCAAUAUGUGGUUUACGUUUCAUUCUUGGCAGACAUACAAGAUUCUUCGCUUUUGGAAACAACAGCUCGAACAUUCACAGCGGCAAUCAUCUCUCAGCUUGGCUUCAACAAGUCGAUUCGCCUCCAGUUCAAAACUCCUAGCUCAUCAUCAUUGUCCUGCCUACUCUCUCAGCGCAACGAGUUUCCCGUCGGUGCUUUGCACAAUUUCGACGCUGGUACUCGCCAAGAACGAACAUUGCCUUUCGGCAUUGGCGACUACGCAUACGAGCCCAUUGCACACAAAUUCUUCGCAGUGGUUCUUGAUAGACCAUCAUUUGUCACACAGCCAGGUGUUUUGUUUUUCACCGUCUUUAAUGAGUUGCAAGAAGAGAUGGAGCCGACCGAGAUCAACCUCGUGGAUGUUAAACGCAGUGCGGGUAUCCCCGAAGUCGCGAGGCGGCUUGCUAUGCUUGCUGUGGAGGAGGGGCUUACUGACAAGCCUAAGAGAACACUGACGCCCGAAGAGCAUCGGUCUUUGAUGAUGAUAUCAAUGUCAUCGGAGGAGUAUCAAUCAUGGUUAGAUAUGGUCCGUGAAAAUGAGUAA